AUGUGCGCCCUGUACAUCAAGACCCGCGAGGACAUUGAUCUGUUACACGAAAUCAACGGACUCUCAAUCGAGCGAAUCGAAGCGAGGGCAAGGCCUUUGGAGGACAGAACGCAAGAUGCAACAGAGUGGAUGUACCGGUCACAUACAGGCUUUCUCAGCGAGGGCGAGAGUCUGAAGGCGGUACGGGAGCUUUAUGCUGCGCGGAACGCAACUAACAAGUGCGCGGACCGCCAGCCCAUCAAGCACGAGGGUGAGGUGACCUACGAUGUGGCUGAUGUGCCGGGCAACAAGAUCAAAGUCACACGCACAUUCUACAUGGGCGAGCAGUUCUCACUCUUCUUCAAUCCUGAGCGGCACAACUCACCUGACAAUCAAACGUGGGUUGAAAAUGUGCACUCUGGCCUCUCCCUUUGUGUUGGUGGUGACAUGGAGAAGGGAUUGGUGACCUACAUCCACCACUAUGGUUUCUAUGAAGGUGGAGGUGCCAGCAAUGCAUAUAGAAUUGACCCUGCACUUCUGGUGGCACUCUUGACUGGGUCUAUCACACAAGACUGUGUUGAUGUGGUGUCAGCCAAGCAAGGUUAG